AUGUUUUCGAAGGUCCUCUUCCUUGUUUCAGUGCCGCUACUGCUUGUUGCAGGUUGCGAUUUUGACGCUCUUAAUGGCAGCUUCGUCACAAGUUCAGUGAGUGAGGUUGAGGAUACUGCUCGGGCUGGAUUCCAAUACGGAAACAGCACAUGCUACUCAUACUGUCCUGUUAUUUCUACUCUUUAUAUAAAUGCCAAAGUCCUCCUUGCUAACACUCCCACUUUACCGGCCAAGAUGACAAGCAGGAAGUUCAAGAGACCCGAAAUACUGGAUGGCUUUGAUGAUAUUAAUUCAUAUACAUGUGCUAAUGGUACUCUUCGUGCACAAAUCGCUCAGAACCUCACAAAUGUCAACGAUUAUUCGUGCAAGGGAAUAUUGCGUACAUUAUCUUAUGGAUUGAACAGACCAAAAUGGUUCAUGACUUGCCAAUCCGGAGGACUUGGAGCUGGAGACGCAUUCUACGAUGAUAACUUCUGCUUGUACCAUACUGAGUUGCACAAAGUUGCAUACGCUUUAAUCUUAACUGCUGUUGAUACUAACUGA